CAAAGAAUGAACAAUUGCUCAGCACCGCUACCAAUUAGUUAAAAAAGAAAGUAUCGUUGCUGGCACAUCUUCUGGCAUGAAUGUGGCUGCAGCAAUCCGAAUUGCAGCAAAGAUACCAACGAGUUCUACUGUAGCUACUAUCGCGGGUGAUAUUGGCUUGAAGUACUUUUUUAUCUCAUUAUACAAUUCCAAGACCUCCUUCGAUCGGAUCGCAUUUGAACAAUGCCGGAUUGAAAAUGAGUAAAUCUGCAGUUGCUUUACCUGUUCUGAGCACUUUGGGAAGUCGUUCUUCCACCAGCUUUUAGUGAGGAGAAGCUUAAGGCGCUUCUCGUCAUGCAGCUG